AACACUUCCACAUAUUAGAGUACCGAAAAACAUCAACUGCAACAAAAAAAAGACAUAAUUUUUUGCUGUAGAAAAUGUCGGGCUGCAGAAAAAUCUGCCACAUUGUUAAGCUAUGCCAAAGGCUACGGCGGUUGAGGAAGAAGGCAACUAUGUUCAUCCGCCGUGUCCCGUCCGAUGUGCCUGCCGGACACGUGGCAGUCACCGUAGGAACCAACUGCAAAAGAUAUGUUGUACGUACCACCUACUUGAACCACCCUGUGUUCAAGAAACUCCUAUCUCAAGCUGAAGAAGAGUACGGUUUCAAAAAUUCUGGCCCCUUAGCUAUUACUUGCGACGAGACAUCGUUCGAGGAGUUACUGUGUUAUUUGGCCCGUACUGAUUCCAAGAACAACAACAACAAAAAAAACAUGUCUAUGUUCUUAAGGUUUGAAGACUUUCAGAGGUACUGUCACGUAGGAAUCAGAAGCAACUUUGACAUUUGGUCUGACUCUAGACCCCUCUUGCAUGGCACAUGUAAUAAUUCCGUCACAAUUGGUUAAAAAACGCCAAAAAGGUAACAAUGAUUAUUGUUCAUUAGGUCAUUUUUGAUGGACUGAUCACAAUAUUUUAGGGGUCGAUCACCCGUAUUCAUAAAGAUAGUGCGGACAUUAGUACACAAAAAAUCAGAAAUCGUGCUGGAUUCCUAUUUUAUACCCCUAAAACGUUAAAAAGCGUGGAACGGUCAUGGAGAAUCAAAUGACUAUUGUUGAUUAGGUCGAUUCUGAUGGGCCCACUAAAUUUUAGGCGAUUCGAUGCUGGUCACCCUAAUUUAUGAAGAUGACGUGGACAUUAGCACAAGAAAAAUCAGAAAUCGUGUGCUGAAUUCCUGUUCGGAUCGGAUCGGAUCAGAGUGGAAAUGAAGAACAGAGGCAGGAGAUCGACAGAUGUGAUAACUGGGUCUAGUAUUUGUAUACUUUGCCUCAUGAACCCAAAAAGAGCUAGGUUCCAUACCAUUAACAGAAGAAGCAAGAUUGAGUUUUCAGUGCUGAAUUUAAAAUCUUAUAAUGAUCGAGAUUUGGGAGUUUUUCUACUCUGUUAUAUUCAGUGAUUGGUCAAGAUUAUAUUGUCAAGACCUAGAUGAAACUUGAGAAAUGAGAUGGCGACAAGGUUUACAAAUAGGAAUUUAUAUUAUAUGCACCGACCGUAUAAAAAAAUUUAUACCAUCAGUGUAGUGCAGCUUAAUUUAUUAUAAAAUGUUAUUGAAUUAGCUGCAAUGUUACUUGAUAGUAUAAUUAUUUUCUUUUAUUUUUUAAUGUCAUACCUUC